AUGAAACUGCAUGUUUUGGAAAAGGUACGCAACAGUGGUACCGUAGGUACGUCUGUCCUUGUACCAGCGAUCAUAGCAUUAAUCUAUCAUGUCUACAGAAAAGAUAAAAAUGAUAGAGAAAGCCGAAUGAAGAUUGAAAAGUUUUUGGAGGAUUACAGAGCCUUUAAGCCCUUCAGAUAUUCAUAUGCUGAUGUUAAGAAGAUUACAAACCAAUUCAAGGACAAGCUUGGUGAAGGAGCCCAUGGAACAGUGGUCAAAGGAGAGCUUUCAAAUGACAUCCUUGUUGCUGUGAAAAUCCUAAACAACUCCAAAGGAAAUGGAGAAGAUUUUGUCAAUGAAGUGAGCACCAUUGGCCGAAUUCACCAUGUCAAUGUGGUUCGCUUGCUUGGAUUUUGUGCUGAUGGGUUUAGAAGAGCUCUUGUUUAUGAGUUCUUACCAAAUGACACACUACAAAAGUACAUUGCCUCCAUAGAUCAAGGCAAAAAAUGUUCUCUUGACUGGGAGACCAUGCAAGAUUUUACAAUGGGCAUAGCUAAGGGGAUCGAAUAUCUCCACCAGGGCUGCGAUCAGAGAAUCCUCCAUUUCGAUAUCAAGCCUAAUAAUGUCUUACUUGAUAAUAACUUUACACAUAAGAUUUCUGAUUUUGGUCUGGCAAAGUUAUGUUCCAAGGACCAAAGCUUGGUAUCAAUGACUACAGCUAGAGGGACCUUGGGGUACACAGCCCCUGAAGUUUUUUCUAUGAACUUUGGGCAUGUGUCUUAUAAGUCCGAUGUUUAUAGUUUUGGAAUGUUGUUGCUUGAAAUGGUUGUUGGGAGAAAAAAUGUAGAUGAGACUGCGGAGAAUGUUGACCAAGUUUACUAUCCAGAAUGGAUAUACAAUCUACUGGAAGAAGGAGAAGACUUGAGGAUCCAUAUUGAUGAUGAAGGAGAUGCCAAGGUUGCAAAGAAACUUGGAAUUGUGGGACUCUGGUGCAUUCAAUGGCAUCCCGGUGAUCGUCCUUCCAUGAAGACUGUGGUUCAAAUGUUGGAAGGUGGAGAUAAAUUAGCCAUGCCUCCUAAUCCUUUUGCCUCUACGGGUACAAAAAUGAUGAAUACACAUAUGCCAAAAGCAAAACGAAUAUGA